AUGAAACAAGCUUCUGCCAUGGCAUAUCUGACAAUGCGAUACUUUCGAGCCAAUUCUCGCGAGGGUAGUCGCGGAGACAACACGCGCUUAACGCCGACCACCGAUGAGGUACUAGGUCAAACAAACAAACAAUCAUCACGACAACGACGACGCGCCCGUAACAUAGCACAACAUAUUCUACCGCCCAUAGCUCCUCCGUACCCAUCUAUCCCGUAUGAAUUAACCGAUAUACCUAUUGCCAUGUCGACAGACGACGCAUUGCCAUGGACAACUUCGCGAUGCAAUCGUCUACUGCGGCCGCUUUCCUCGAAACUCGCCAAACUGCGCAAAGAGCUCGAACGACCUCGUCCUACGAAUACAGAGUCGCGCAAUAUUUCCUCGGCAUUUGCCACCAAGGGAUCUCCCCAGAAGACGACAAACUUUACACGCCCGGCCCACAAACCACGGGGUUUUGAGAAGGCGAGAGAUCCAGAUUGGAGGCCAGGCGUGAAAUCGGGAGCAGCUAAGAAGACUACAUAUGGCGCAAGGGGAAGAGGGAGACCAGCACCGCGGAGAGGUAGCCCAGAUACUACCAGAAAUGUCUCCCGACCGGGCGAGAUUGCCUUUACGCCUUUGAUUUCGAGAAUGGGCGGGCAACUGCACAGCAGUCCACAGAUGCCCAUAUCGCCGUUGCGAAAAAUUCCAAAGAACCGAGGCCCUCUUUUGGUCAAUCUAGUUCUACCUGCAGCAGAUGUACCUAGGGAUGUGCACAAGCUCGUUCAAGGCACAUUGGAGGCAUACGCGAACCUACUCCAAGCCACCUCAACAGGCAAUGAGCCGACAAGGAAAGGCACAAGAUCACUUAUGGGCGCUUGUUUAAGAAAACUACCGGCCUACAUCGAACUCGAGGAACAUUUUGCAAAGCUAGACAGGCUCGAGGAAGAAGCAGAAGAAGAAGGUCGGGAUAUUGCCAACGAAAUAUACGAGCAGCUCGAGACACACUUUGAGCAAGCCCCUGGACUUGGCUGGCGUCACUUUCGACAGGUCGUCCGAACACAUGCCACAAAGCUGAUAUACGAUGCCAUUGCCGACGAAAUAUUGAGCCUCAAGGACGCAUUGAUGCUCGUUACGCACUGCUUAAACGCCUAUGCAUGGGAAGAGGCAGAACAACUGUUACUGGCUUAUGCGCCGCUUCUAGAGUCCAUCACUAUACCCAUCAACACACGAGCCAAUUUAUUUGACGUGCAGCGGUCGCCUUUUUUACAUGCGGUCAAGGCUUUUGUCCACCAUACCGGACGCCAUCGUCUGCUUUACGAUAUCUUGGAGCACAUGGUUGCUCUUGAGCUGCUACCUCUCGAAUGGCUGGCAACCGAUAGCAUGCGCCCUGUCUGGGAUCGACUGGUCCGAAGCAUUUCUGAGAAUGAUGCCCGCACUCUGCCAAGUGUUUGCCGAUUCUUCGAGACAGUUGCCUUCGCAAGCAUGGGCCUGCCCGACUAUCGGCUGCUGGAAGAUGAAGUCACUGGGUCUGUUUAUAGGCGCUUUGUACCAUCGUCACGAUUGGAACUCCGGCAGGCGCUUGAUACUACGUUUUCUAGUCUUCUCACCGUGCUGUGCAGUAUAACUUUAGUCAACAACUCCCGUAAUGACGACGCUGGCCAGAUGACUGCAAAGCGGGUUACUCGAGUUUUGGAUGCGGUCGUCGUUGCUAUUGCUACUCGGCAGGAUAUCAAGGAUGAGCUCGACCUUCUUGGUGCGGAUACCAAUGAUGUCCAGGUCAUGGCUCAGCGUGGCAUUUGGAUAACAUUUGCAUCGUGUCUCCUGCAUCUUGAAAGUUGCUUGAGCGAUCCAACCGUGGUAUCCCUCGACACUGCUGGCUCUGUUGGCGUUAUCAAUUGGAUAGCCUCACAAUAUUCCUCAAAAGACAUAAAUUUCGCAUCGAUAUUUGGCCCUCUACCAUCCUUGGUUUCGUCGACUGCACGUGGGACUGGUCGGAUCUGGCAGGACGAUGGAUUCGACCAACUACAACGCUUUGUUACGGCACUGAUUUCGGUAUCUGGUUGCCGAUUGCCGCACAAGCUGUGGACACUGAAGAGAAUCGCAUUAGAAUCCGCACUCGAAUUUGCUCACGGCACAGGCGACGCCGAGCACAUGGCAUUUGCACGAAAGGUCGAGAAGAAGAUGCAAACACAGGGUCGCCUGAUUAUUAUGCAAUCACCAGCAAAGAAUGAUUCUCCGGCAACCGGCGGUGGCUUUAGGUGGGAAGAAGGCAUUGGUGAAUGGGUCACCUGUACACCGUUUGUGAAACAGAACCCCAAGCGGCAGAUUGACAAACCCGUCCGAGCCCUCGAAUUACUUCCGACGCCGGUACAAUCAGAAGAAGAGAGGGAGGAUGUCUCUGAAGUCGAAGAUGAACUUGCUAGUAGUGUCCCCACCACUCCAGCGUGGGAAGCCACUACAUUCGACUGCGCAGACGAAGAUGAUACAGGGCCGCAAUCGUCACCAAUCAAGAAAAGACAGCGUACCUCCACAUCAUCAUUGGGAAAACGUGCUCGAGCGCCAUCACCAAAGGUCGUCAUACCGGUGAAGCGAACGCACAUGACACCUCCAGACACACCACCUGUGAGAUUCUACGCCGAUCUACCUGAAGAAAAGGGAACCAGCUCACGACGUUCCUGUCGCUUUCGACAUCAAACCAACGCAUUACCCUCGCGAUCUCGACCUAAACGCUCCAGAGCAUCCCUCGAAAGUGGUCUACGCGAUGUAAAAAUGCCAACCUAUGCCGAACAAGCCCUCGACCUCGACCUCUCAAGUAGCGCAAGCGAUACAGACGCAUCGAGCCCAUCACAACAAGAUUCGGAGACCGAGGCAGAGCAGCCCAAUACGCGAUGUUCAUCGCAAACCCGGCGUCGCUCAACGCGCAACACAUGUGCACCUUCCUCUCCCGGCCGCGACGAACCCGGUAAGACACUGGCUCGAUCCCGCUCAUCACUUCGAACAAAGAAUCGAGAAAAAUCACUACCCCCGGCAAACAGAUCCAACUCCCAGCGUACAGCUAGCAGGACCCGGCCCGUACUGCAAAAGAGCUACCACGACGACAGCGAAGACGAAUUGAGCUUUUACUAGGUGUGCAAGUCUCACUCCGC